CAUAUCGACGUCUCCGUCAUUAUAAGAGGCGUUGACAACGUGUAAGCGGUGACUUAAAAAAAUAAAAAUACAUUUAAAAAAGCACAUUACGGAAACGUGACGGCGAGCCGGUUGUAUAAUGGUAUAUUUCGACCAAUCGGAGCACCGUAUUCCUCCCUGCCUCUGCCUGUGGGUGGAGAUGUUGACCCAGAAAAAGGAUCUUGCAUGGCCGACGACUGUAGCAGGUAUUCAUCAUAACACGACUUGGUACACCUGUUUUAAAAAGGGUCGAGUCGGUGCAGAAUGUUUUUUUGUAGACUAACGUUACGGGUGUAAACAACCCGGAACUAUUUGCGCGCGUGUGCUUGUUUCUUUUUGUUGUUGUUGCUUUUGCGACCGAACAGCUUGUGUGACGUGGGUUCGUUUCACCUUCUCCAAAUCCACCGUUGGUGCCUUAAAGAUUAAUUUAUUCUAAUUUCAUAGAAUGUGUUCGAUUCGUCGUUGCUUGUGAAAGAGUCGAGUGUGCGUGCUGGUCGUUUUUUCCGGCGUCCACCGUGGUCACCCGCUUUACAAACCCAUGCAGCCGCCGCUGACGAGUGGACCCAACUCUGUGCACACGUUCAUGGAGCAAGGUCGGAGUCGGGGAGCCCGUCAACGCGCCCACUGAGCAGGUCCAAAUCACUUGACCACUUCUUCCCCUACGAAAUCAACGCAAGAGGGCGUCAUUUGUUUUGGGGGGGGUGGACCCAGUGAUACCAGGGCGACAUGGUGGUCAACACCGUCCACUGGUUCCGGAAGGGACUGCGGCUGCACGACAACCCGUCCCUGAGGGACUCCAUCCGCGCGUCGGACACCCUGCGCUGCGUCUACAUCCUGGACCCCUGGUUCGCGGGCUCCUCCAACGUGGGCAUCAACAGGUGGAGGUUCUUGUUGCAGUGUUUGGAGGACUUGGACGCCAGCCUGCGCAAACUCAACUCCCGCUUGUUUGUCAUCAGAGGUCAGCCGACAGAUGUCUUCCCUCGUCUUUUCAAGGAAUGGCAGGUCUCACGUUUAUCUUACGAAUACGACUCUGAGCCAUUCGGCAAGGAACGUGACGGCGCCCUCCGAAAACUAGCCGACGAGGCGGGGGUAGAGGUCAUGGUGCGGAUUUCACACACCCUCUACGAUCUGGACAAGAUCAUAGAACUCAAUGCUGGUCAGCCGCCUCUCACCUACAAGCGCUUCCAGGUCCUCCUCACUUGCAUGGAUGCUGUGGACCUGCCCACAGAGACCAUCACAUCUGAGGUCAUUAGAAAAUGUACCACACCCAUUGCAGCAGACCAUGAUGACAAGUUUGGGGUGCCCUCGCUGGAAGAGCUAGGUUUCGAGACAGAAGGCCUAACCACAGCGGUAUGGCCGGGUGGAGAAACAGAAGCCCUCGUGAGACUAGAGCGGCAUCUGGAGAGGAAGGCAUGGGUGGCGAACUUUGAGCGUCCACGUAUGAACGCCACCUCCCUGAUGGCCAGUCCCACGGGACUCAGCCCCUACCUGCGCUUUGGAUGCCUCUCUUGUCGGCUCUUUUACUUCAAACUUACAGAUCUGUACAAAAAGAUGAAGAAGAACAGCACCCCGCCGCUUUCCUUGUAUGGGCAGCUGCUGUGGAGGGAGUUCUUCUACACGACCGCCACCAACAACCCCUGCUUCGACAAGAUGGAGGGAAACCCCAUGUGUGUCCAGAUCCCAUGGGACCGAAACCCAGAGGCGUUGUCCAAGUGGGUGGAGGGACAGACGGGCUUUCCCUGGAUAGACGCCAUAAUGACCCAACUGAGGCAGGAGGGGUGGAUCCAUCAUUUGGCGAGGCACGCCGUGGCCUGCUUUCUCACCAGGGGCGACCUGUGGAUCCGAUGGGAGGAAGGCAUGAAGGUCUUUGAGGAGUUGCUGUUGGACGCGGACUGGAGUGUUAAUGCUGGCAAUUGGAUGUGGCUUUCAUGCAGCUCUUUUUUCCAGCAAUUUUUCCAUUGUUACUGCCCUGUGGGUUUCGGACGACGCACGGACCCCAACGGCGAGUACAUACGCCGUUAUUUGCCCAUAUUGAGGGGCUUCCCUGCUAAAUACAUCUACGAUCCGUGGAAUGCCCCGGAAGAAGUGCAGAAAGCGGCAAAGUGCAUCAUAGGGGUACAAUACCCUAAGCCCAUGGUGAACCACGCGGAGGCCAGCCGCGCCAACAUCGAGCGAAUGAGGCAAAUAUACCAUCAGCUGUCCAGCUACAGAGGACUGGGCCUACUGGCAACCGUACCUGCCAAUCCAAACAAUGGUGCAGGUGGCAGCAACGUUGCAGGAGUCAACACGGGGACCGGUCAUGGUUCAGGAGAGUCCUCUGAGGAGCUGUCCAUCCGGGAGGGAAUGCCUCGGACAGAAAGAAGUCAGUCGACACAGAAAAGGCAGCGUGAAGAAGAACCAUCCAAGAGCGGCUCUAAAUCCGGGAGGCAGAGCAAAUAGAGAAUUGACAAGAGGCAGAACACAAAGGGCCCCUCUGUCGGCCCGUACCCUCCGGUAGCAUCCUCCCCUGCAAUGCUCUACAGCUAACACACGGUAACUGUAACUAACGACCAGAGGAGAUGGAAUGUGAUGGCCCCUCGAACUCUAAACGUAUGUCUAAUGGACAAACAAUUUGUAAUCAGUUAAGAUCGUCACAUGUUGGACCAACACAUCUGGGUCUCCAGAUUCUGUAAGAGACACAUCACACGUCUCAGGAACAGUGGACGGAAUUGAGAGAAAUUGGUGAACAAACAAUUUGUAAUCAGUUAAGAUCGUCACAUGUUGGACCAACACAUCUGGGUCUCCAGAUUCUGUAAGAGACACAUCACACGUCUCAGGAACAGUGGACGGAAUUGAGAGAAAUUGGUGAACAAACAAUUUGUAAUCAGUUAAGAUCGUCACAUGUUGGACCAACACAUCUGGGUCUCCAGAUUCUGUAAGAGACACUUCACACGUCUCAGGAACAGUGGACGGAAUUGAGAGAAAUUGGUGAUAUUUGAGACGCAUAAACCCUCUUACAGAAAAAGAAGAAGAAAAAAACCCAGAUUGAAUCUUUUAAGUUUCCCAUCAGGGUGUUGUGAGGUUAGCUUAUGUCUUCCACUACAGCAGUGGUUCUCAAACUUUUUGCUGACGUGCCCCCUCCCUUUUUUGGGGGGGGUUCCCACUCAUCCUGGAAAACCUGCAACAACAUUCUCCUAUUUUCCUUAAGAUGAGAAUGAACCACUAGGCUUUCUAUCAGAACUCCCCAAAAUGGGGAGAAAAUUGCAAGCAGCAUCAUCAAAAUCCCGAAUAAAUAAUUAAAUUUGUAAAUAUAUUAAAUUUAAAUAAAGGGGCCUUAAUUAUUUUGCGAUUAACUGAUCAGAGUCAGUGGCUUUAUGCCAGAUUGAGAACCACUGCACCACAGUAUGUUUGAAAAAAUUUUGAAAUCUGAAACCAUGAUCAGUGAUGAGAAUCAUGAGAAUGUUUGUUGAGCCCAUUGUUUGCGCACUGACAUUGGGAUACAGUACAGACGUAUAUACUUUACAUUGAAUACACAGGACAAAUGCAGAAAACAGGACCCUCAAUGUUUCAUACCAACAAUUUUAUGGCACAUUGUCAUGAAUGUACAUAAUGGGAUUUUUUUUAUAUUAAGAUUUAGCAUACUGAUGUCAGAUGUACAGCAGUUAAGAAAAUUGGAAGCAAGACGGUCAGGUUCUAUCACAUAUUUUGUAAAUAAUGUUUGAUUUUGAUUUUCAACUUUUGUAUAUUAGGUUUGGAAUUUCACAAUUCCCAUUGUAAAUAAUGUGUCACCAAAACUCAAAUGUUCUACCUUGAAUGCUAUUUUUGUAUAAAGAAUGACCAAAUUCUUA